AUGGAUGCAGAAGACAAUGCAGCUCCUUCACCAGCCCACGAUUCCAAAUCCAAAGCCGAAUCCAGCACAAAACCCGCAACUCCAGAACCAGACGGCUACACAUCCCACCAAAGCAAAAGCAAAGGGAAAUUCCGCUUCAAAUCCAAAUCCAAAUCUAGUUCUAGGUCUUCACGACACGAUUCUCGCAGACAUGACUCCCACCGUCAUAGACACAGACACCGGCAUGACGACGACGAAGGCCGCCACCGCCGACAUAAACGCCACAGAACAACCACUACUCGCUCCCCCUCACCGAACACCGUACCGUCGUACCCAGGCCCUCCAUUAUCGCCAAACACCGCUUUCCGUGAAUCUCUCUUCGAUGCUCUAGGUGAUGAUGAAGGCGCGGCAUUUUGGGAGUCGGUUUAUGGGCAGUCUGUACACUCUUUCGCUGCUCCGCCAGGGCAUCUUGGAGGGGAGGGAGAUGGAAGGGGAGAGCUCGAACAGAUGGACGAGGAGGAAUACGCGGCUUAUGUGCGCGGUGAGAUGUGGAAGCGGACGAGGGAGGGGAUGCUUGAGGAGCAGGAGCGCAUGAGAGCAGAAAAAAGGGCAAAGGUGCAGGCCGAGAAGGCGGCUGGUGCGAAUGAGGAGAAAAGAAAGUUCGAGAGUGCGAUGGAAGAUAGUCUUCGGCGGGGCCGGGAGAGGAGAAAGAUGAAGGAGGUAUGGAAGGAAGUUUGGGGAAGCUACCUGAGGUCUUGGGAGGAGAUUGAAUCGAUACGAAUUAAAGGCCAGCGUGAAGGAACAACAGAAGGGGUUCGAGUACGGAAUCUACUGUUUUGGCCCGUCGAGACGGGUAAGAGAAGGGAUGUUACGAAAGAGAACGUGGAGGAGUUUAUGCGGCGAGCUCCUCCCCAACCCACUGGUCCUGGAAACGAAUCUACUCCCGAUGAUGCCUUGCUCUCUACGCUCAAGGCGGAGCGAGUUCGGUGGCAUCCGGACAAAAUUCAGCAUCGAUACGGCGCGCUAGGAAUCGAUGAGUCUGUAAUGCGCAGCGUUACAGAAGUCUUUCAGAUCAUUGACCAUUUGUGGAGCGAUUUGAAACGGUAG